CAAAGUAAGUGAAGGACGAAAGAUGGCAGCCCCCACAAGGAAGUUCUUCGAGAUUUUUGUGUCUAAAGUACCAUGGACUGUAGCCAACAAGGAGCUAAAGGAGUAUUUUGGUCAGUUUGGCCAAGUAAAGAAGUGUGUCCUUACUUUUGACAAAGAGACGGGCUUCCACAAAGGAUUCUGCUGGAUCCGCUUCUCAUCCGAGAAGGGGGUGACCAAUGUACUUGAGAAGGACACUCAUGUUCUAGAGGGCGCAAAGCUUGAGAUUAAGCAGAACACCCAUCCACUUGCAGGGCAGAGGUCCUACAGAGAUGCUGACUUUGACUGAAGCUUGGUGGUCCGGCUGGGUGAAAGAGUCACUGCGGUUGCGUUCAUUCCUUCUGCCUCAGCUGCUUUGUUUUGCUCAGACCAGUCUGACACAUUUACUGUAUAAAUAUGUUUUCACCUCUCAAAGAGUUCUGUAUUGUUUUUUUCUGUAGUGUCACACCUCAGCUUCAAAACAUGUCAAAAACAACUUGUAAAUUCUACAGUUUCCUGUAUGGUAAUAAAGCCAAUGCCUAA